CAUUGGUUUGACUGGGCGGAGUGGGCCACACCGCAGUCCGGUAACAAAAUCGAUUUAUAAAUCAGUCGUGUUAUGAGAAUAGUUUUAAUUACUAACAAAAAUAGCGAACAUGUCUCAAACAUUCACUAAGAGCGGUGACAAAGGUCAUGAUGAGAAAAUCCUCAUGCCUUACACAUACAUCUUGCAAGUGCCGGGCAAGCAGAUCCGGACCAAGCUCACCUGUGCGUUCAACAACUGGCUCAACAUCUCGGAUGAGAAGCUCAAGGCCGUCGGAGAAAUAGUGCAGAUGCUGCACAACUCUAGUUUACUAGUAGACGACAUUCAAGACAAUUCAAUACUUCGUCGUGGGAUCCCCGUAGCACACUCCAUCUACGGCGUGGCUAGCACGAUCAAUGCGGCCAACUAUGUCAUGAUAAUAGCGUUAGAGAAGACUUUGGAGUUAGGGCAUCCGAUGGCUACAGCGGUGUACACAGAGCAGCUUCUAGAACUACACAGAGGGCAGGGCAUGGAGAUCUACUGGAGAGACAACUUCCGCUGUCCAUCAGAGGAGGAAUACAAGGAGAUGACCGUUAAAAAAACCGGUGGGUUGUUCAUGCUGGCUAUCCGCCUCAUGCAGCUGUUCAGCGAGAACAAGUCGGACUUCAGCAAAUUGUCCGCCAUCUUGGGGCUGUACUUCCAAAUCAGAGACGACUACUGCAAUCUUUGCCUACAGGAGUACUCGGAGAACAAGAGUUUCUGCGAGGACCUGACGGAGGGCAAGUUCAGCUUCCCCAUCAUCCACGCCAUCCACAAUCAAGACGGCGACAACCAAGUGCUUCAUAUCCUACGGCAACGUACCCGAGAUGUCGAAGUAAAGCGUUACUGCAUCGCCUUGCUCGAGCGGCUCGGCAGCUUCCGAUACACGCGCGACACACUAGCACGACUCGACGCUGCUGCCAGAGAAGAGGUGUCCCGUCUCGGUGGUAACCAAGACUUAGAAAACCUUCUCGACGAGCUCCUUAGUUGGCAGCGGCCCGAAGACGUCUAAACACGUAGAAGUAGACCCACCACGAUUACCGCUCAAUCAAACAAAAACACACCUUACGCCAGUGCCGUAAGAGCUACGAAGGCAGCAGUUAUCGUGGUUGUUUAAUUUGGAGAUUUUGACAGUCGAGAUUUGAAAUAAAUUCAAAUUUUUAUAAGUUAAAAAAGGUGAUUGCUCCUUUUUAUAUGUUAAAAAAGGUGACUGCUAGAGUUAGACCAAGAAAAGUGCAGAGAUUUUGACAGCACUCGCAGUGCCAGUGUUAUUUAUGUCAUAAUUUCAUAGAAGUUUGACUGAACUGCGUGGGCGGUCAAAAUCUCUGCAGACUUUUCUUUGUUUGACUCUAUAGUUAUUCGCCACUCUUAUCAAAAAGAAACAAGGCAAUAGAAGUUUUAUUGUUAAUUAACCAAUUACUAUGGAGUGACCAAUAUAACAGUUACCCUAGCAAGAUUUUAAGGUAACGUACACAUUUUAAAGUUAGCUUGGGAUGGGGAGUUUUGAUUGUCAAAAUCUUCUCUGUAUUUAUGUUUGCGCGCUCACUUAACAAAUUCCUGUACUUAUAAUUUGAAUAUAGUUAUUAUAUUCUAAGUUAGUGCAUCAGCCGAGCCGGCUUAAUGUUACUAGGUACCUACAUUAUUUUAAUUUUUCGCUUGUAGUUUUCAAAAGCCGAAAAUCAUUAAGUAUUAUAAUAACUUUUUAAAUUUUUAUAGUUAUUUAGCGAUUGUGUAUUGUUAAUAAUUUUCGCUCGCGAACUCGCUCACUUUCGUAUUGGUUUCG